AUGAACAUUUCUAGAAACUCCAACGACGGCAUCAUCACGAACCCCGAACACCCCACAAUGCCUCAAUUAAUCUCGCCUCUGGCCCUUCGGGCCUUGCGGACUCUUGUCCAGCGCCCCGCCAUCACAUCAACACCCCUCCGUACCCUCACCACCUCCACCAGCGCCUUCCGCCCACAGCCCGCGCUCACCUCGCGCUUCAACUUCCAGCCCGUGUUCCGCACCCAAACGGCUCUGUCUCUGUCGGCCACUGCCCGCCGGCAAUUCUCCAGCUCCCCGAUUAUCCGUGCGACAUAUAACCAGGUCCGCCGUGGCUGCCGACAGGGUCAGCGUGCGCGCCGGGGACGUUCGCCCGCACUGAAGGAGCACCCAGCGCUGAAGGGUGUGUGUCUUAAGACCGGUGUCACCAAGCCCAAGAAGCCCAAUUCUGGAGAGCGAAAGAUUGCCCGUGUUCGUUUGAGUACUGGCAAGGUUAUUACUGCCAUUAUUCCCGGAGAAGGUCACAAUAUUCAGCAGCACAGUGUCGUUCAGGUUCGUGGUGGCAGAGCUCAGGAUUGUCCGGGUGUGAAAUACCACUUGGUUCGUGGUGCUAUGGACCUGAGUGGUGUUGGAAGUCGGAACUCUAGCCGUUCGAAGUACGGAACUAAGAAGCCUAAGAGCAACUAG